CAGACAUCAAGACAGAACUCAAAGGCAACCAGAGAAGAACCAAAAUGAACCUUCUUCCCUCCUUCCUUACGGACACAUGGGCCCUUGUGCUUGUUUUCGUAGUCCUCCUGCUAGUAUAUGGGACCUGGCCAUUUGGUGUGUUCAAGAAGCUGGGUAUUCCUGGGCCAAGACCUCUGCCGUUCUUUGGGACAUGCCUGGAAUAUCGCAAAGGUUUCUUGGAGUUUGAUGAUGAAUGCUUCCAGAAAUACGGGAAAAUCUGGGGGAUUUAUGAUGGCAGGCAACCUGUGGUGGCUGUCAUGGACCCCCAGAUCAUUAAAUCUGUGUUGGUGAAAGAGUGCUACUCCACCUUUACCAACAGGAGGCAUAUAGAUCUAGCAGGGGUGCUGAACAAUGCUGUCUCAUUAGCUGAAGAUGAACAGUGGAAAAGGAUUCGUACUGUGCUCUCUCCAACCUUCACCAGUGGGAAACUAAAGGAGAUGUUCCCUAUAAUGAAACACUAUGGGGAAAUGUUGGUGAAAAAUGUCCAAAAGCAAGUGGAAAAGAACGAUUGUAUAUCUGUAAAGGACAUCUUUGGAAGCUACAGCAUGGACGUUGUCACCAGCACUUCAUUUGGUGUGAACCUUGACUCCAUGAACAACCCCAAAGACCCCUUUGUCAGAGAGAUGCAGAAGCUGGUCAAGUUUGACUUUUUUGACCCAGUCUUCAUCUUGACGUUUGUAUUCCCAUUUAUUACUCCUCUUUUGGUCAAGAUGAAUGUAAGCUUCUUCCCUGGUGAUGCUGUAGAUUUCUUCAUGAGAUCCCUCUCCAAAAUUAAGCAGGAUCGUGAAAAGGAGACCCACAAGGGCAGAGUAGAUUUUCUGCAGCUGAUGAUCGAAUCCAAAACCUCCAACAAUCACGGGAGCAAUGGAGCAAAUCACUCAUAUAAGGCCCUGACUGACACAGAGAUCCUAUCACAAGCAUUCAUCUUUAUAUUUGCUGGGUACGAGCCCACCAGCAACACGCUCUGUUACCUGGCAUACGAACUGGCCAUGCAUCCUGAUGUGCAGCAAAAACUGCUGGAUGAAAUAGACACCGUUUUACCCAACAAGGCUCCUCUCACUUACGAUGCAAUGAUGCAGUUGGAAUAUCUUGACAUGAUAGUGAGUGAAACCCUUCGGCUCUUUCCCAUUGGAGGACGAAUUGAGAGAGCCUGCAAGAAAGACGUCGAAAUAAAUGGAGUGACCAUUCCCAAAGGAACCCUUGUUAUGAUCCCACCCUAUACCCUGCACCGCAACCCCGAGUACUGGCCAAACCCAGAAGAAUUCAGACCAGAAAGAUUCAGUAAGGAAAACAAAGAGGGCAUAGACCCAUAUACUUACCUGCCCUUUGGAGCUGGUCCCCGGAACUGCAUUGGGAUGCGCUUUGCUCUGCUGACUCUGAAAGUUGCCAUCGCCAGCCUGUUGCAACAUUUCACCUUCCAGACCUGCAAAGAAACCGAGAUCCCUCUCCAGCUGAGUUCACAGGGACUCCUAAAACCAAAGAAACCAAUUAUUCUGAAGUUAGUCCCCCGGACCAACGCUGCAUCAGCGGAGGCAUAAAACCCAGCUGUCUCUGCAACAGUUCUCCAGUGUCUAAUGAGUGCUGUGCUAGCAAAGGGAUCACACAUCAGAGGAAAUCUCUCCUACACGUACAGGCACACAAGAGCAGCUCUAGUUAGUUCUGGAAGCAAUUACUACAUAUUUACUAAUGAACAUAGCUGUCAGAAAUGUAUCGUGGUUCACUGGGCAGUGACAAUACACAGUCUCCUUAAUUCUGAUUGCAGAAAACAAGAAAUAAAUCCAAAUGAGGAGCUGAUCACCCUCUUCUAACUAUUCUAUGAUUCUAAGGGAACCUCUCCAUCUGGAGAGAAGGAAUUACUGUUGCAUCCAAGAGAAACAAGGUGUGAUGGAAAUUCAAGUCACCAGACCCUGUGAGGCAGGGAUGGGUGGUGUUCUUGGUGUAUCUAUGCUUGAGAUUUCAUGUGUUAUAAUUGAGAUGACUGGUGUGAGACUACAUCCUAGUUACCAAACCUCUCUUGUGCCAUGUGUUAAUUAAACUAAAGUGUGUACAAAUACUGUCAUUAAAAAUGUUUGAG